UUAGGCCCAUUUAGUUAUUUCCAAGUAUAUAUACAAAGCCCAUCAAAUUUCAUACAUAAUACAUGAUCCUAGAAAGUUCUACACCUACAGAAAGAAUUGCAGAAUUGUGAAACGGAAUUACUUGAUCACUACUCCGAGGCUUCGCUUCGUUCUCUUCCAUUGCUUCUGUGAUUACUUCACUAAGAGUUUGAAUAGCAGGAUGCAAGGACGCGGUGGGCCUGGUGGCAGGGAUCAUUUAGCUGAAUUUGGUAGUUUUGGAGGCUUUGGACCUUCUAGGAGUUUGAUGUCAAGUAUGUUUGGGGGAAGGGACCCGUUUGACGACCCUUUCUUCACCAGCCCUUUUGGAGGGAUGUUCCAGUCAAGUAUUAUGAGCGGUCCAUCUGGGUUUCCAUCAUUUCCUGAAAUGCAACGUCCUGGUUUUCCUUUUCCUCCGGAAAUACAGGGGCCUGAUUUUCCUUUUGCGCAGAAUAUGCAGAUGCCUGGUUUUCCUUUCGCACAGAAUAUGCUGCCAUCUGGGUUUCCUUUUGGUCCGGACAUGAAUCCAUCUGUGUUUCAUGAGCAUCAAGCUCGUGCUCCGGAGCCUAGUAGUCGAAGGGGCCCAAUCAUUCAGCAAUUGGACUCUGAUGAUGAAAAUGAGGAUGAGACCGAAGAGAAGAAAGAAAAUCCCAAAAAGCAUAGAAGGUCAACUAGCACUGAACCCACUGUGGAACAUCCAGACGAUGAACUUGAAGGGAAGAAGAUCAGACAUUUGCAGGGUAGAAAUGAAUUCAACAGUUUCAAUGCAACUGAGCUCCAGCCUCAAACACACAGCUUCUCCUUUCAGAGCUCGACAGUCAGCUAUGGUGGUCCAAAUGGAACAUAUUAUACUUCAUCAAAGACCAGGAGGACUGGAAGUGACGGAGUGACACUUGAGGAGAGCAAGGAGGCGGAUAGCUCCACAAGGCAAGCUUCUCACAGGCUUUCUAGAGGCCUGCAUGACAAGGGGCAUACCCUCUCAAGAAAGCUUAAUCCAGAUGGUAAAGUGGAUACUAUGCAGACUUUACACAACAUUGAUGAAGACGAACUUGCUGGCUUUGAAGAAGAAUGGAAAGGAAAGGGUCAAAAGUAUUUGCCUGGAUGGAGCGGGAGUAUUGGAGCUGGCCAUAGUAGACAAGCUGGGCGUGCUGGGCAGGGAGGUUUGCUGCUCCCUUCAUCGGAGAAUGGGCAGCGAGGUUUGCUGCUCCCUUCUUCGGAGAAUAGUCAUCCCUUGGGUUCGUCCCAAGUUAGAGGCAACGCCGGUUCUUCUCGUGCUCGGGAGAGGGUGAGGACAGAUUCCAAUAGUAGGGAUGCAUACCACCCAGGAAGGCAGGGUCAAAAUUAAUCAUCCGAUGUUGUAGUCAAUUUGACUAGUACUCGAGUCCCAUUCACCUUAAGCAACAGGGUCAUGAUAUUCUCAUGUUACCUCUUGGGGUGUUUUCUCUUUCCCUCUCCAUAGGUAUAUAUGAUCAUUUUAAUAGUAGUUAUUUUGCCUUAAUGGGAAAGGUUAAGCCAUUGAAAAUGUUACGGUGAUGUUUGUGCAUCUUAUUAUGCCACUCAUUUAGUGGUUUAUAUUACUGCCAUUCAUACUGCUUGCAGUUUAGUUGCACUCAUGUGUAGUGUAUGAAAUGUUUAUGUUGUCCUGUGCAACUUCUAUACUAUACUCUUUCGAUGAAAGAUUUCUCUUUUAAA